AUGUCUGGUCAGCACCACUACUCGUCCGGUCGCGGAGGUGCGGAUCCAUACGGCUACUCGGCUGGAUCCUACUCUCAGCAACCCCUGUCUGCCCCUCCAGGCUCCGCAUACUCUGGCUUCGCAUCGUCAUCCAACAGCCACUAUCCCUCUUCGGCCCAUACGGUGCACGGUGCAGGCUCAUCAGGUUGGCCAAGCGGCGGGGCUGCAAGUCACGACUCGGCGGCCGGCGGCGCGUCUAGCCUCGGGUACUCUAUGAACCAUUCCUUCUACGGUGCUCACCCCCACGCCAGCGACUUUGGUGGUGGUAGCAGCAGCAGCGGAGACAUUUACGGUCGGCCAAAUUAUGCCGACUCGGCUCACGGCACCUCGAGCGCUAGUUCUUCCGGUUUCCUACCUCAAGAACCCUCGCCUUACGGUCAAGCUGGCUCCCAUUCCCACUUGCCCGCAGCUGCCAGCUACGCUCACCUUCCUCGUCCCUUGAACGGCCACUCUUCCUUGCAGCCGAGCGCCGCGAGCAAUUUGCCAACGGUCGCAGCGGCGGCCACAGGUAGCGCAAGCCGCGCAGCAUCCUCUUCGAGACCCGUCAAACCUAAAAAGCCUCCUCUUGGCCGCACGGAUGUCAGCAGCGCUGCUGAUCCCGAAAAGGCAAAAGAGGUGCUCUUGUCCCUUCGUGCUCGUAUGCCAGACAGCACGGAACCAGCGCCCAGCUGUGACCGCUGUCGAAGGCGCAAGAUCAGAUGCGAUCGCGAAAAGCCAACGUGCGGAAAUUGUCAACAAAGCGGUAGGGUGUGCACGACCGAAGACGUCUUGAGAAAGCGUGGCCCACCGAGCAAAAAGGAGCGUCAGAUCAUGGAGGCGGCAGGUAUUGUAUUUCACGGUGCGCGUCCCAAGCAAAAGAAAAAGUCAAAGAGCGAUGCGGGCAGCAAAGGAGCGACAGGAAGCGCGUCCAAGCUUGCCAAGAAGAUCGGCAACGGCAACGGCAACGGCGCACCACCGCAUCACACUGACGUUUCGUCGGGAUGGAACAAUAGCGCGACGGGCUCUGCCAGCGCUUCAGAGACCGGUCACGCAUCGGCACCCGAUUGGACGGCGCAGCAGCAGCAGCUGCAGCAGCAGCAGCCGGGAUACUAUCGACCCGCUGAGUAUGAUCACAGCACGCACGCUGCCUGGGCUCAAAGCGCUCGCUCUCGUCCCGUUUCACCUGCUUUCGCCGCAUCGCACGGCGGCGGCGCGGCAGGGAGCAUGCGUUCAGCGGACAGCGCCUACACUUGGGACGGCAGACCAGCCGAUCAUCAUUAUGGUGACAAUCAUCUCGGCGCAGUCGCAGCGACGAGCCUGGAUUGGAGUCACAGUCGUCAUACGAGCGUCGCCGGAGAGCCCGUCGCUGGCAACGCCUUUGGCGCUCGAAUGGCAGACAGUCAGCAGCUCAUGAGCGCACCACCCGCGCCAGGCUGGAGCAGCAGCAGCAGCAGCACCGCCACUCGCCCACCAGAAGUGCUGUAUGUGGUCGAUGCGAACGGCGACCUCAAAUCCCGAGACGUUUUGCGCUACUAUCGCUCGGUCGCAGACCUCGUAGGGGACUAUCCCGACUCUAUCGUGCCCAGCGCUGAUCCGGACACGGCCGUGCCUCGACCGCAGUCGAACAGGGGCGCGUCGUUUUGGCACAAGACGCAAAGCGAGACUCCUCACUCUCGAUGGCAAGUCGAUCGGCUCAUCUCGCACGAGUUGGCCAACAUUCUGCUGGACGAGUUUUUGGGCCACCAGAACCACAUUCACCCGUUCGUGUACGAACCGCGGGUGCGAAGCAUCUUUGCCGCCCUGCAGCAGCUGGCCAACGAGAGGCUGGACGGCUUUUCUAGCGGAUCGUCCGUUGCGCGUUCGUGGAGCCCUGCACUGCUGCGCAACCGCCAAGCCCUCAUCCUCUCCAUCCUAGCCAUGUCCUCUUGCAUCUCCGACGGCUUGCCGCUCAGCUCCGGCGGCGCUGCACUGGGCUGGGAGUUUGGACACGGCUGCUAUCAACUAGCUCGCGGCCUGCUUGCUCCGCACAACAAUCGACAAGGCUGGAGUGGCGUCGGCCAAGAUGCGAUGGGCGGACCGGAAGGUGGAGCGCUGGAGCGCAUUCAAGCGCUCGCGCUGGUCGGCAUUUAUCUGGCCAACGAGGCGUCGCGCGAGCAUACCAUCGAAGUGCUAAAGGCUGCUUGGGAGACGGGACGAUCGAUGGAUGCGCUGCGCAGUCGAUCCGUGGACGCGUACGAUCCUCGAAGGUGGGAUGAAGUGGAUCGAGAGAUGCUGAAGCGCUCCUUGUGGGGCUGCUUCAUGAUGCUGCAAAUGGUGCGAGCUGCGAAUCAAAACGAUGGAGAUUCGGACUAUCCUCGUGCCAGCGACGUUUCUCAGAUGGAUUUCCCGCUCCACUUGCCGCCUCACAUUGAGAGCGAGCCGGCACUGGAUACGUGGACUUCGGAACUGCGCGUGGAUGCGAUCCUUGCCAGCGUGCUCGACUCUCCGCUUGCCGCGCCGCCCGUGUCGACAAAGCUGUACGGCGACCAGCAAGCGAUGCACGAUGUGCACCUUUGCGAGUCUUGGGCUCAAGAGUUGCUGGGACAGCUGGAGCACUGGGCAUCCUCUGCGCCGUGCUACCAUCACAACAACCUUCGACAAUCCAGCAGCAGCAGCAGCAGCCGCUCCAUUGCGCGCAACUUCAACCUUCGCAAAUCGCGCUCGACGCAUCAGCUGGCCAGAUCGUUGAUUCGACAAGGAUUGACGAGCGCAGGCUCCAUGCUGGAUAUCGGAGAGGAUGCUAGGUGCGACUCGCACCAUGCCUUUUCGUCGCAGGAACCGGGCUCGGAUAGGGUGGCCGCUUGGCUCGCCACUACGCCUUCGUACGCUCUGAAAGCCAUGUGUGGUGAUCAGGGCGAAUCUGCUAGCCCUUGGCAGCGACCACCUCCAUCCAAGAUGAUGUGA